AUGGGACAAAAUAAAAUAAAUGGGACAGAAUACUUAGUUAAAAGGGACAACAGAAUAUGUGGUACGUUUCAUACUUUGAGAUUACUUUUUCCUGAUGAAAUGAACGAUUCCGGAGAAUAUAUUUUUAAAGGUCGAAAUUACACAAAUUAUUUGCGUAAAUCAAAUUAUACCGAUAUUGAUAAAAUUAAUGGUUAUUGCUUAUGGUUAUUUAAACAAUUUUAUGGGGAUCGUAUAUCUUUUUCGAAUAAUGUAAAUAACAAUAUGUAUGUUGUUACAUCCAUUUUUGGGUGGUUAAGUUAUAAGUUAAAUCAAAAAGCAGAAAACGGAAUCACUAAAUUAGACGACUUUUAUAAUAAGUAUAUGCAAAGUGUCGAGGAAUAUAACACGCCUAUAGAAAAUGAUACACAAUAUAAAACCUAUAUUGAUUUUAUAAAUAAAAAUAAGGAAUUGAUGAAUAUUGAUAUUAAAGUUAUGUCUAAAUUUUAUGAUGCACUUAAAAAUUUGUGUAAAAUGUAUAGUGAGCUUUUAGAUGCGAAGUAUAAAGGCGACGAAUAUUUAAAAUAUGUUAAUAAUUUUGCUGAUAAUUAUAAUAUUCUUUUUAAUGAUACGAACAGUAAUUUACUAAAACAAAUACUGUCUGCUGCAUCAAACGAUUAUAAUUAUAUAAAAAAUGAAUUAAACGUUGAAUCUAUAAAGAAUCAAUUUCCAGAACUUCAAAAGGAAAAAAAAGAAAUACAAGUUCCUGGACCAAUCUCAGUAAAAUCUAAUGUGAGCGAUAAUUUGAGUGGAAUGUCAUCACCAAGUUCUGAUACUAAAGUAUCAGAUUCUGAAACUGAAGUAUUAAAUUCUGAAACGACACUAUCAAGUUCAUUGAUAAUAAAUAAACUAAUUUCAAUUCCAUUUAUAUUGGUUGUAACAUUAAUUUCAUUAGGAAUUGCAUAUAAGUAUUCGUUAUUUGGAUUUUGGAAACGAUCUAAAAAACAACAUUUAAGAGAAAAGCUAAAAAAAUAA